UACUUUUUGCAACAUCUGAAGGUCACACGUUUAGGGUGGUUGCAGUUCAUGGUUUUUCACUUGCUAAUCUUGGCGAAACGCGCCCCACAUCCAAGGCAUCCAUCCUUGAUCUGGGAGAGAAAGAGACUGUUAGAAAGAGAGCAACGGAACGAGAAAGAGAGCGCGCACCAUAAAGAGUGCGCUGAUAGGAAAAAGAGUCUCGCGUUGGAGGCAAUCUGCCCGGCCUAACAAGUUCUCACACACACACAUCGGAUACGUACAAGCGAGUGCAACGUGAGCCACAGCCCCAUCCGGAAAUUAGUCUCCGAACCACCCGUCUCCCCGGCGAACGAUGGUCACAAAGAAAAGCGUGGACACAGAGAAGGAAAAACUAGCGAAAAAUAUGUACUCCAGCUCCAGCAGUGGCGGCGGUGGCGCAGGACUUCCGCCGAAAUCUGGCCCCAGCGGUGGCGGCAAUCCGACGCAAGCGGUGGUCAGCUUCAGUGCAGGUACGGUGGUCAAUAGUAGCCACGCCGUGCAGCAGCAGCAACAGCAGCACCAUGCCGUACCGCCCGGUCAGGAUGCGCCGAACAUUUUGGUGUACAAAAAGAUGGAGGCCAUCGUGGAGCGGAUGCAGACGGAGGGCAGCGGCGUGUCUGUGCGCACGGUGAAGGCCUUCAUGAGCAAGGUGCCGUCGGUGUUUACCGGGGCCGAUCUGAUCCAGUGGAUCAUGGCGAACCUGACGGUGGACGACAUCAGCGAGGCGCUUCACCUGGCGCACUUGCUAGCCUCGCACGGGUAUCUGUUUCCGAUCGACGACCACCAGCUGACGGUGCGGAACGACGGCACGUUCUACCGCUUCCAGACCCCGUACUUCUGGCCGUCCAACUUUUGGGAACCGGAAAACACCGACUACGCCAUCUAUCUGUGCAAGCGCACGAUGCAAAACAAGACGCGCCUCGAGCUGGCCGACUACGAGGCGGAAAAUCUGGCCAAACUGCAGAAGAUGUUUUCGCGCAAGUGGGAGUUCAUUUUCAUGCAGGCCGAGGCGCAGAGCAAGGUGGACAAAAAGCGGGACAAGCUGGAACGGAAGGUGCUGGACUCGCAGGAGCGUGCGUUCUGGGACGUGCACCGGCCGAUGCCGGGCUGCGUCAACACGACCGAGAUGGACAUCAAGAAGGCGUACCGGAAGGGUGCCUCUUCGCUCGGGUCCGGCUCGGCCGGUACGGCAGCCCACAGCAAUCCGGCCGAAACGAUGACGAAGACGAUAACGCUGCUGAAGCAGAAACUUGAUCGUCGCACGAUCAAGGUGUCGAAGGUUGCCGAAUCGUACAUUUCGUACUACGAACAGUACAGCGAGUUUGAUUACUUCCUUGCGCCGCCAGAGCAUCCCAAUCCUUGGCACACGGAUAACACGGAAUUUUGGGACGCCGAAAAGCUAGGCAAAGACAUUCCCAUGAAGCGGGUUAAGCGCUGGGGCUUCAGCCUGCGGGAGCUCCUCAACGAUCCGGUGGGCCGCGAGCAGUUUACCAAGUUUUUGGAUAAGGAGUUUAGUGGGGAAAACCUAAAGUUCUGGGAAGCGAUACAGGAAAUGAAGGCACUACCACAGUCGCAGAUAAAGGAUGGGGCCCACUCGAUCUGGAACGAGUACCUGGCCCCGGAUGCGGCCUGCCCCGUGAAUAUCGAUUCGAAAUCGCUCGAGCUGGCCCGGGAGGUGGUUAAGGAGGGUGCCACGCAGCCGAGCCGCUGGUGCUUCGACGUGGCGGCCGAUCACGUGUUUUAUCUGAUGAAGAGUGACUCAUACUCGCGCUUCCUGCGUUCGGAUAUGUAUAAAGACUGUCUGAAUGGUUCCAAGAAAAAGACAUCCGUCAAGGGACUACGAAUAUUUUCCGGAAGAAAAGAUACGCCUGUGAUAAAUUAACUUGUGUUUGCCGAAUUUGUUUUUGAACAUAUAGAUUUAAAUAUUUCUUUUCUAACAAAACCACGGUUUUUGUUAUGCCAGCUUCCGGGGGAAGUGAAGAAGCUUGAAACAUGCUGCUAAAUAAAUGGCACAAAUCAAAUCGCUUCUGGUACAAGGAAUACAAGCAGCGGCAAAAGGAAACGGUUCUAUUUAUUACGUGCUACGGUCGUACUUAAUAUAUUGUACAUCCUAUUUUAAGCUAUUUACAAUGUAUUUUAUCUAAACUGGGUUCAAGCAACGCGCUAAUGAUGAUACCUAUCAAAGAAUUGCGUUUCUCUUCAUUAUCCAUCGUAAUGUGUUUACCACGAACCUUCCCGGCUAACCUCGUGUUUGUCGAAAAACAAAACCUAUAUGCUGCUGUUAAAGUUCACCGACCGACUCUUUAAAUCGGGUUACACACAUUUGCCUGGUAUUUACAGCUAUUCUUAAUGUAAAAGCGGAAAAAACAACAACAAUGUCUAUCGGGUAUUACGAAUGUGAUGUGUAAAUAGUGUUAGUACGUAAAUACGGAAGCCAAACCAAGUGGAUAAAAUAGGAAAAUUUAAAACUCGUGUCUAUCAGCUGUGUAAUGGUUACUACUAAGACAAUCUAAAACAAAACACUUCAAUCCCGAAAGCGGUAAGACACUUUGCGCAGAUAUCUACUAGAGACAGAGGUCUUUCGGAUCCUACCGUAACUACUUUGCAUAACACAAACUCGCUACACUUAAUUCCAAUCUUGCCCACUCUCUAACUCUAACAUGUUGUUAUCAAAUAUCGACGUUUUUAAAACGACAUUACCCACCACCGUUCGUAAACAAAGAAAGACAAACAAAAACUAGUGAGAAACAUGUUUUAAAACAUACGAUUACAGAGACUAGCGUAGCGCAGAGGGCCGUGUGCGGGACAUUUUAAAGACUUAAGCAAAAAUAGAAAAUACAUAAAACCAAAAACCGGUAGCAAAAUGUGCUUAGUUUAGUUUAGGGACUGUUAACAGAGCAGAAUAACUAACACACUAGUGAAUCCCGUGAAAGCAGUCGUGUCCCUACACCGAUAGUCAAACGGGAAGCAGUCUUCCCCGGGCAAGAAUGAAUGUUAUCGCUACUUAGGACUACUUUUUAGGCUGCCGGUUAGAGGGCCAUUGCUGAGCAAAUAGGUUCAUGUAUCGUGCUGUUAACAAAUCCUUGCUACUACCACUAUAUACUUCAGUACUUCGUCGAACGAGUUGUAAUCGAUGUGUACGACAGACGCGCAGAGGCAGGUUAGUAACAACAAUAAUCAUCCACUAGGCGCCCAAGGUGGCCCACUUUCACUUUGUAACCGUGGCCGGCUCUCAUGGCGGGCCUUCGUAAACGGUAAUAAAUUGGUAACAUUCUGCGAGGCGCGUAGAAAAAUCGGUAAACCUAUGAACUGUAGAAAUUAGUCAUCGCCGACCGAUUGAUUUACCACAUCGGCCGGACCCGAGUUGUUUAUGUGAAAGAAACCGUGUGCCGGCCUAAUGGUUGGUCCGAAAACGACCGUACACUGUUUGUUGUUGGUGUUCGUCAGGCGGGAUAGCUGAAUUCGAGUGUGUACCAAGCUGCCCCACGCCAACCCGAGCGCCGGAACGAUCUGCGCAUUGUCGAGCGGCCAAGAAUCGAACACACAGCGUACCUGGUUGGUGACCAGGAUGGCCAUGUUGUGCCGUUCCUGGUAGCGGUGCAGAUCGUGUA